AGUAUUAUAGGGUCGCUUUAAUUUUAAAAACAAAUAUAAAUUUAUUCAGUAGUUUAACAGCAAGAAUUAAAACAUAAAGAUCAAAUUUAAAGUGUGCCCUAACUAAUAGUUCAACAAAACGUUUAAUUUAUUGCUGUAAAGACGUUUUGUUAAAUGAAAAAUUUCUUUCAACUUUUUUGUUAUCAGAAAGUGAAAAUUAAAGCAAACGACAAAAUAAUAGCAACGAGUAUUUUUUAGAAAGUUAUAAAAAGGAUGAAGUGUUAAAAGACCAAAAGAGAAACAAAACUACGGUGAAAGCAAAACAAACCCAAUAAAUGUAUUGUAAACGGAAACUUUAAUGGGAAACAGUGUCAGUGCAUCUAGGAAUGAGCAGACCACAAAGUCGCCAAAGCAACGGCAGCAGAAAGAGAGUGUAUCCAAGCAACUUCUGAGUGAACAAGUCCAGGAUAAAGAAGACCCACAGCACCAGAACUUUUCUUAUUCCAAAACUCAAAAAACACGAAGCAAAAGUACGAACAUCAGCAAAAAGUCAGAGGCAUUUGAAAUAGAACAUAACAGUGAAGGGCAAUCAGCUGCUAACAAUCACGGAACUCAACGCUCUAGACAGGCUUCUGCUUGGAGUUUUGGCAGCUUGAGUGGCCGUCUAAAUUGGAGCUUUACUGGUGGUGCUAAUAGGAAUUCAUUUCACAAUCGCAAUAAGUCAACCAGAAAAAGUUUAACAUCCGCACAGCAGCGUCGCUCUAAGACUCCAUGGCAUAAGCCACUUACCAAUGCCAUAUUCAGUUCACAUUUUAAGGAAGCCAGUCGCAACGAUCAAUUCCACAUUGUAGACUUGGUGGCCAAGGGUGCAUUCGGUGUUGUCUUCAAAGUAAUUAAUAAGCGCUAUGCGCAAGACUUAACCCAACAACAACAAACGACUGAAGCCGCAAACAGCUCGGCGACAACACCAUUACAUCCUGCGCCUAUUUAUGCACUCAAAGUGUUGAAAAAGUCCAAAAUAAUCGAAGAGAACAGUGUGCAGCAAAUAAAAGACGAAGCGGAUAUUCAAAAGUUGUGCGGUCACCAUUCGUUUAUUGUGCAACAAGUGGAUUCAUGGCAGAAUCGUCGUAACUUGCAUAUACUUUCGGAAUAUGUGCCGAAUGGUGAACUCUUCUCUAAAUUAACUCAUUUCUCAUUGGAUCUCAUAAGGGUAUAUUUAGCGGAAAUCGCACUGGCCAUUGACUUUCUCCAUAAUGCUGGUGUAAUAUAUCGUGAUGUUAAACCGGAAAAUAUACUGCUCACCGCCAACUUUCACAUAAAAAUAACAGAUUUCGGACUUAGUAAGUGGCUUCGCUUAGGUGCAACAACAAGGACUAUGUGCGGCACUUUCCAAUAUAUGGCGCCGGAGCUGUUGCGUGGUGAGCCUUACGGUCAUGCUGUCGAUUGGUGGUCACUGGGCAUACUCGUCUGUCAGAUGCUCAUUCAAAAGAGCCCUGAUAUUCGAACAUUCUUGGAAAUUGCCCUGCCUGCAGCCUAUUCAAAAAGGGAUAGUGUUGAUCGUGUCACACUUCCAACAACAUCAAUUUCAAAGCAGGACGUUAGUAUUACAGCCCCGGAAACCGUUGUGAAUGGGCGGAAACCACAAAUAAUUGCUACACAAAACUUUCUGCCACCCGAAAUUGAAGAACUUCCACACGAGGCUAAGGAUGUACUAAAGAGGCUGUUAGAAGUCGAGCCAAAACAGCGUUUGCGUUCAGUUUUGUCACUACAAAAAAUUGCACUUUACAAGAAUUUCAAAAUUUAUUCCGAAUAUUUGCUCAAUCUCCGUCCUAUUGAUAUGAUAAGUCCUGAUGAUAUUGCUGCCUUCACACAAGACCCAGAAGAUGACAACUCUUGGGCAGAAAAACAAUUUUACAAAUUCUAACUAUCAUGCAAAUUAAUGUACAACUUCUAAGUUCAAAUUAAAACGUACACAUGAGUUUUUACCAUGUAUCGAAUAGAAAGAUUCGUAUAAGAAAACCUAAGGAGAUCUAAAAUGUAUUAACGCCUUUAUUUUUCCAAUAUGUGUCAUAUACUAUAAAUAUAUUUAAAUAAACCGUCAA